UAUAUAUCAGGGAAUUGUGGAGAUGAUAACAAACCGAACCCAUAAUUAAGCUUCUUAUUUCUCAUAGUCUUCCUAGUUCCUAUCUUUCAGUUCAGAGCUACCAUCACCUCCUGAUGUCAAGCAUGGUCAUCCCUUUCUUUCUAUGCAUUCUCUUCCUUUCUCAUCUUGCGUCCAUGGCCAUCAGCCAGGAGACCAUCUCCAGCACCCUGAAGACAUAUAUAGUUCACGUACAUCGGGCACCCGGCGCUGCGGUGUUCGCCUCCUCUGACGAACGGGAGGAGUGGUACAAGUCUUUCCUGCCCACCGGAAUAGCAAGCUCAGGCGAACCACCUCGAAUGAUUUAUUCAUACAAAAACGUCAUCAGUGGCUUUGCCGCUCGAUUGACAGAGAGAGAGCUGGCAGAAAUGAAGAAGAAAGCCGGCUUCGCACAUGCGUACCUCGAUCGGAUCCUUCCUCUGCAAACAACCCACUCCCCUGAGUUCUUGGGUCUCAGCCGCGGCACGCCGGGGUUCUGGAAUGACUCCAACUACGGCAAAGGCGUCAUAAUUGGAGUCCUGGACAGCGGAAUCUCGCCUAACCACCCAUCCUUUGGUGACGAGGGGAUGCCCCCUCCGCCAUCCAGAUGGAAGGGUGCUUGCGAGUUCGAUGCCUCCUACUGCAACAACAAGCUCAUCGGCGCAAGGAACUUCGUCCGAGGUGCCUCGGCCAUGGAUGCUGCACCCAGAAGAGUGACGCUGCAAGGACCCUACGAUUAUGAUGGACAUGGCACGCACACGGCUAGCACGGCGGCCGGCAACUUCGUCGAAAACGCCAACGUCAAUGGUCUAGCUAAUGGCACAGCAUCUGGCGUGGCACCUUUAGCUCACCUUGCCAUCUAUAAGAUAUGUGAUUUAGAUGGUUGCGUGUAUUCUGACGUGUUAGCAGGGAUGGAUGCUGCCGUCGAUGAUGGAGUCGACGUGAUAUCCAUAUCCCUUGCUGCAUCCUCUUUUCCUUUCUACUUCGACAGCAUCGCAAUCGGCGCAUUGGGGGCGAUCCAGAAGGGAAUCUUUGUCAGUGGCGCUGCAGGGAAUUCAGGACCGGACUCUGCUUCGCUAUCUAACGAGGCACCAUGGAUUCUGACGGUCGGCGCCAGCAGCAUAGAUCGCUUACUGAGAACAACGGUGACACUUGGGAGCGGAGUGGAGCUCGAUGGCGAAUCUGCUUACCAGCCAAGUAGCUUCCGCUCCUCCCAGCUGCCUUUGGUCUACCCCGGAGCGAGCGGUAAUAGGAGUGUGGCUUUGUGCUUUAAUAGGUCGCUGGAUGGGAUCGACGUCCGGGGGAAGAUCGUGCUAUGUUUUGAAGGCGUGGUGGAUGUGGAGUCCAAGGGCGAAACUGUGAGGAGCGCCGGAGGGCUGGGCAUGAUCAUCGCGAAUCUGAGGCAAGAAGGGGUCUCCACCUUUCCUGAAGUUAAUGCACUACCGGCGUCGCAUGUGAACUUCCCCGAUGGCCAGACGAUCAAACGGUACAUCAAGUCAGCAUCGACUCCCACGGCGUCGAUCACCUUCAAAGGCACAUUGAUGAAAACAAAGCCGGCCCCGGCUCUCGCUUACUUCUCCUCGAGAGGGCCGAGUCAGGCCGACCGGAACAUCUUGAAGCCAGACAUCGUCGGUCCGGGGAUGAACAUUUUAGCUGCAUGGCCCUUCGAAGUCGGACAUUCCGACACCGCCACCAGAUAUAACAUAAAGUCCGGCACUUCCGUCGCCACCCCACACCUCAGUGGAAUUGCGGCUCUACUCAAAAGCUCACAUCCAGACUGGUCCCCAGCAGCAAUCAAGUCUGCGAUCAUGACGACGGCCGACUUGACGGCUAACGAUGGCAAUCGGAUCACUGACGAGACAGGAACUACGGCGGACUUCUUCGGCGUCGGUGCUGGCCAUGUCAACGUAUCAAGGGCCAAUAACCCGGGCUUCGUAUAUGAUAUCAAUCCUGAUGACUACAUCGCUUACCUCUGUGGUCUGUCGUACACUGAUCUGCAAGUGAGCGUGGUUGCUCGCCGUUCGGUCAAGUGUUCCGAUAUCGGGAGCAUCGCCGGCAAAGAUUUGAACUAUCCUUCCUUCAUGGUGUUCUUGAACGCCAGCAAUGGCUAUACGGUGGAGGUCACACGGACGGUGACCAAUGUGGGAGCGCCGAGCUCCACCUACGACGUAGAUAGCACAUCUAUUUCAGAUAAGGUGAAGGUGGAAGUGAGACCCACAAGGCUCUCGUUUACCAAAGCCAACGAGAUUCUUCGCUACAACGUUACUUUCAGCAGCAGCAGCAGCAGCAAUGGAGGAGAAGUUAAUUAUCAGGGAUAUUUGCGGUGGAUUUCAUCUGAUGGUGGUGUAACUGUUAGAAGUCCGAUGAUGGUAUCCGUUAAGUGA